AUGGUCUGCUCUGUGAUAAAAUUAGUUGUACCACAAGGAACCAGGGACAAAUUGCAUCGGUUUGUCACACAGCGUGACGUUUUGUCGCGCCGAUUGAAAAUGUCCGUGCGUUUUGUGCUCAGCUUGGUAUGCACCAUCCUAUUCCUAUCCUAUCUGGAUCCCUGGGCCAGUGCAGGGAAUUUUUUCAGUCUUCGAUCCGACACCGAAAAGGACAAAAAUGUGGCUCAACCACUUUGCCCCGAGUCGCCCGAACCGGUGGACUGGGAGGCAGUGAUUCGUCAGAGCCCGAUUGUCGUGACCGGGCUAUUGCGGCAGAGAUAUAUCAAACUCGGUUCCGGCUCGGAUGGUCCUGUCGAAGCUGAGGCUAGCGGACAAGGACAACAGUUCAAUGUCAGUGUGUUUGUGACUGUGCAAUACAAAAACGUUGGUCCGGAUUUAGUGAACACACUAAUCACUGUGGGAUCGUUUCACACACCAUUGCUUGGUCUUACUGAGGAACUGGGCUGUUUGGAUAAUUUUUAUCCCAAUUCAAAAUACGUGAUGUUUUUAAAACCGAGCACCAACGGAGCGGACACAUACUACACACUUACGGGAACACCUGUGCCGUUCAGUGAAGAAUUUGAACAGGUCAUUUACGCGCAACAGUGUGACAAAUGCUGUAAGUUGAUUUUGUUUCAUCUGAUACAGAAACAGGAAAGCGGGCUAAACAUUACGGUGGACUAUGAUUGUUAA